UAUUAAAAACUUUGCGCAACCGACAGUGGAGGACAGACAACAGGCUUUCAUUUUUUUUUUAUCUUUUUUUUUCGAACAUGUUGCUGCAUGUUAGUUCUGAAUGAGCUUUGACCAUCUCAGAGCAGGGCAGACCGCAGACCUGGACACUAAUGUCUUGGUUCUUGAGAGUUGAGAACCUCCAUUGACUUCAAAAACCUCUACAGGAAGGGAGAGAGCAGAGAGGGGAAGAAGGAAAUGGCGAACAAGGUGACCCACAUCUCCGAUUUGAUCCACCGGGUCGCCUCCUCUUGUCUCACCCACCAUCUCGCCGGAGCCCACGGACUCGAAAGAUGCAACGGUGUCGAUGGGGAAACAGAAGAGGAGGAGGACGCUGUGGAGGAGGAAGAAGAGGAGGAGGAGAUCAAGGAAGAAGAGGAGGAGGAGAAUGGACCCAAAAUCUGGGAAGAGGAGAAAGGCGCUGGUCCUAGUAGAGCGUCGGCGAGUGUGAGGGAGAUGGAGACACUGAUGGGCGAGGUGUUCGACGCGGUUUCGGCGGUGAAGAGGGGCUACGUCAGCCUCCAGGAGGCGCACUGCCCGUGGGACCCGGAUAAGAUGAGGGUCGCCGACGCGGCAGUGGUGGCAGAACUGAGGAGGCUCGGGAGGCUCCGGGAUCGUUUUCGAAGGACCGGUUUUGGUGCCUCCGCCGCCGCCGCCGCCGCGCCGCUGAGGGAAGCGGUGGCGCCGUACGAGGCGGCGCUCGACGAUCUGAAGAAGGAGCUCAAGGCGAAGGAGGCGGAGGUAGAGAACCUCAAGGAGAAGCUCCGGAGCACCUCUAACGGCGGUUCCGGCAGAAAGCGCCGGCUCCAUUCCAGCAGGAGGGUCGGAUGCAUCAGUGUUUUAGGGGCCCCGGCGAUGCCCACUCCGGAGCUGUUCGAGACGUACAUGAAGCAAGUAAAGUCGGCGUCCAAGUCCUUCACCGCCCACCUCCUCUCCCUGAUGCGCUCCGCCCGCUGGAACAUUGCUGCGACCGUCCGGUCCAUCAUCGAGGACGGCGGCGGCGGCGGCGGCGUCGAUGGCGCAACAGACCACAAUCCUGCCAUCGCCGAGAUGGAUCCUCACCACGCAAAGCACGCGCUGGAGUCGUACGUGAACCGGAAAGUCUUCCACGGGUUCGAGAAUGAGACGUUCUACAUCGAGGGGUCCCUCACGUCGCUGCUCCGCCCGGCCGAGUUCCGGAUCGACUGUUUCGCCCAGUUCAAAGACAUGAGGGGGAUGGACCCGGCGGAGCUGCUGGGCGUGCUCCCCACGUGCCAGUUCGGCCGGUUUGCAGCCAAGAAGUAUCUGGCCAUCGUCCACCCGAAGAUGGAGGAGUCGCUGUUCGGCGGCGUGGAGCAACGGCGGAAGGUGAUGGCCGGGGCCCACCCGAGGACGGGGUUCUACGGGGAGUUCCUGAGGCUGGCCAAGGCGGUGUGGCUGCUGCACCUGCUGGCCUUCGCGCUGGACCCGGCGCCCAACCACUUCGAGGCGAGCAAAGGGGCGGAGUUCCACCCGGAGUACAUGGAGAGCGCCGUCCGGUUUGCAGGCGGCCGGUUCCCGCCUGGCUGGGUGGUGGGGUUCUCGGUUAGCCCUGGGUUCAAGCUCGGGAACGGGUCCGUGGUCCGGGCGAGGGUGUACCUCGUCCCGAGAGCCCACGGGAUGUGAAGUGCGCCUGAGUGGACUGUUCCUGUCUAGAGGCUGCCGGAGCUCCCUGGUAUCGAAGCGUUGAAUCCCUGCCAAAAUAAAGGGUCUGAGUCCUGUGCGGCUUCACGUAAUGGAUGGUUAUCACCCCAUGUAGUGAUGAUAGUUUCGGAACUACAUUGCAUUUUAUGUUUUA